CAAAGAGCACACACAAGUCAAACACCUCUCGGGACAAGUAAUUCUAAGAGAGUGAGAAUCCAAAAUCCAACUGGAAAAGAUUCACUGCUCUCAUCACCUCCCCCAUCAAAAGUUAUAACAUCAAUCAGUUAUGCAUAAUUGACAGACAUAGAAAACAAAGGGUCUGGGCAUCUCACGUGCGACCACCACUCAACUGCAGAUGAAGAUAUGAGAUAUGAGGUCCCAUGUGCUGAUUUAUCAGAUGGCAUUUAGUGUAAUGGGGGUAGUUUUGAAAAGAAGAUUUGGGAAGUGGCUUAUAUUGAGAAAUGUCGAGGGCGAUGUUCUACAGGAGAUGGAGGGUGUUUGUUGCAUAUUAUUAAAAAACAUUUUGAAUGUUUGAUUGUAGAUGAUUUGUACCUUUAACAUCUCCCCCACACCCCCUAUGUUCUCUUAGUUUGUAGUUACUACUUAUAAUUGACAUUCCACUGCAGCACAGGAUUUAGCGGUUACAUUUAGAGUCAUGGUGUAAUCUAGAUUUAGUUUGUCUGUCUGUCCACAUCUACGGUCAUUCGUUUUUGUGUGUAUUCAGUAAUAUAAUUUCGUUUAUGAUGGAAUGUCUCUGACAUAAUGCAGCCAUCGUGGCUCAUUGUCAAGCUUGUUUUUCAAUUGACAGGGGAGGCCUCAGGACAGGAUAGCUGGGGGUAAGGAAGAGUACAAUGCAUUUUUCUACUCCCUUGUAUCUACAGACACCCAGGAAAUGUAUUACUCAACUAAAAGGCAGCAGUUUUUGAUUGAUCAAGGUUAUAGCUUUAAGGUAAUCACAGGCUUGCCUCCGCCUGAUUCAGGAGCCACGUUGAAUUAUUCUCGUCUUGAUGAGCAGCUUGCACUUCUUGGAAAGGUGCUAAGUGCGGGUGAUGAUGCAGUCGGUUUGGAGCAACUAGAAGAAGACACGGAUGGCAUUGCCCUUCAGAAAGCCCGUCGCUCUGCAGGAUCCAUGAGUGCAAUGUCAGGAGCCAGUGGAAUGGUAUACAUGGAAUACAGUACUGGGCAGAAAAAGCAGCAUGGGCAGGCAAAAAGCAAGUUCAAGGACCCGGCUAAGAGACACCAUUUGUUCAAAAAACGUUUUGUUUAACUGCAUGUUCAAAUCUAAUUAGUAUGAAGAGAUUGUAGUACUAACUAGUUUUACUUUGUUGGUUGUCGUGCAUACACUAAUCUUAAUGUAUAGUGUUGUUCAUUAUAAUUAAUGGUUUUGUAAGUCUCUUUUUCUGGGUAAAGGGAUCGUAAAGGGAUUGCCCAUUGCUGAAUUAAUCUUAAGAUCGUCCCCUCCCAUCGACUACAAAUAUUUUGAUAUGAUAAUUCCCAAAUUCAAGCA